AUGAAGAGUGAGAGGGAAGGCAGCAGUGUCACCGUCACUGAGGGCGGCAAGGGUAGCGCAGCAUCUCUGCCUCCUCCCCUCUCCGAUCCGUGGCCACCAGAAGAAGGAAACCCACAUUGGUUCUUACGUGAAUGUAGCAGAAAAUGCGAGUCCGAGUUCUGCUCAGUGCCUCCAUUUCUGAGAUAUGGCAAGUAUUGUGGGCUUCUGUACAGUGGAUGUCCCGGGGAGACCUGCGACGGCCUCGACGCUUGCUGCAUGAAGCACGACGCCUGCGUUCAAGCCAAAAACAAUGACUAUUUGAGCCAGGAGUGCAGCCAAAACUUACUGAACUGCAUGACCAACUUCAAGAACUUGGGAGGCCGAACGUUUACAGGAAGCAAAUGCCUAGUUGAGGAUGUCGUCGACGUCCUCUCUGUUGUCAUUGAAGCUGCUUUGCUUGCCGGGAGAUACCUCCACAAGCCCUGAAUCUCUGCCCACGUUCAACGGAUAUAUCAACUCGGAUCCCUUCAUUCACUUCGUGAUCAUCCCUUUCUUCUUUGAAUCUUUUUUUUUCUUCUAGCUGUUUGUCCGUGUCUGUUCUUGUUCUAUUUCAACAAAUGGGAAAAAGUAAAGAGAAAACUGUAAAGUGCCUCUGUUUUCCUUUCCUGUAGAAUUGGAAGAGCAAUGGACACUGACUAUGGAGUUCAAUUUUAAUUGUAGAGACAAGAACCUGAAGUGGCCAUGGAGUUCAAAACCAAA